AUGUCCGCUUCUAAGGCCUGCGCGUACUUUGCAAGGGGGAGCUGCUCCAAAGGCGCCAACUGCGCGUUCUUGCACCCACCAGGUCCUGAAACGCGUCGCAGUCCUAGUCCCUCCAAUCCUGCGGGAGCCCGCACACCUUGUUCCUUCUAUCAGCAUGGGGAUUGCAAGAAUUCCAAAUGCAACUUCUCACAUUCCGCCCCUCCCGCCCCUGCUGGGCCUGGUGGGCGCAAACCUUGCAUAUACUACCAGCGAGGGAACUGCACAAACUCCAAAUGUACAUUCUUACACUCGGUUGAUCAGAGGGAGACGAGAGAGGACAUGGAUGACACUACUACGAGAACUAUGCUAGGAUGCACAGCAACAUUGACCAGCGGUCUUCGCGUUACCAAGGUUUCCCUGGACCUUGAGUCGACCUGUGUUAUCAUCAGUAAUCUUCCUGAGGACGUCGAGGAGGCUGCUCUUCAGAAGAUACUCCGUCCUAUUGGCGAACACAAAAUUUCCUUGAUGCUGAAGGCGCUCCGUCCUAUGGCGCGUGUAGAGUUCGAAACCCCAAGCUUGGCGUCUUCCGCUGUUGCGGCGGUUGAUAAAAAGUCGUUCCACGGCCAUGUGAUCACAGCUCGACUUGCGCCACGCCGUGAGUCUGGUGAAGGGGUCUUGCGAGACAAGCUUCUCCAAGUGACGUGGGAUGAGCCGACCGCGACAGCGUUCGCGUACUUCAGCAACCGAAGGCAAGCGCAACUCGCCGCGGAGAAGUUCGAUGGAUCUCCUAUUAGGGGGAAAAUGAUUUCAACCAAGUUCCAGGUCCCCAAACCAAACCAAAGAGCAUUAUUCAGCGUAGUCAUCACCAACUUGAUUGAGGAUGUCACGAAGCCCGAGAUAAUCAAGUUAAUCAAGUGUGACGACGUGACGAUCCAACAACCCCCAUUCUUGCAUUUGGCUUCGUUCGCCAGGUUGUCUGAGGCGCUCGAGGUGGGAGGGCCGGGGACCCUGGAGUCUGUUAAUCAUGUCCCAACACUGCCAUCGGAUCCUAAAUUGAAGGCUACUGCCGUUUACGCGGUCGCAGAUCAAGCCGAAAAAGCGGUGGAGACACUUCAUGGCAAGAAGUUCGAUUUCUUGAACAACAGCCCUCUUUGGCUGUCACGUACCCCCUCCGUCAAGUUUAGUCUCAAGCGAGAACAAUUCCUCGCUAUUGAACCGAGACUCACUUCAAUAGAGGCCGAACACUCUGGGACAGAGUUUGACUUCCGCAAGUUCGUGGAUGAGAAGUCCACAAAGGCCACUCUUCGUGUAACGGCGCCGGACGCUCGCUCCUUGGGACAACUCAAAUUGAAGAUAGAGCGGCUUUUUCGCGGGGAAAUUAUCUUCGACGAAGACAACAAUGUUUGGGACGAGGAGCUGCUUACUCAGAAAGGGCGAAUCAUUAUCGGCGACAUAGCUCAGUCCAAAGGCGUGUAUGCUCGCUGUGAUCCUAUCAAGCAGCAUAUCUUGCUAUUUGCUCCAGACGACUCGACUGGACAGGAAGUGCGUAAACGUAUUCUCUCCCGGGUCAACAAAAUGCGGAACAGUCGGCGCUCAUUCAAACUCAAUCGAUCCAAAUUUGGAGUGAUUAUGAGGUGCGGACUAGAAACCCUUCGCGAACGAUAUGGACAAGAAAGCGCCAAGGUCAAUAUCAAAAAGUUCACGCUGUCUGUGUCUUUGAAAUCAGACACCGAUUUUAAAUGGGUGGAGGACUUUGUUCGAGGCCUCGCGGAAUCAGUGCGGUCGUGGGUUGUCGGGGGUGUUAAAUGUCCCAUCUGCUUGGGUAGUGUGACUGGUGGUUUGACCCUCUCAUGUGGUCAUGAAUACUGUGGCCGAUGCCUGGACCACAUGUUUCAAAGCGCGUCCUUCCCAUUUACGUGCUUGGCCGAAGAAUGCGGCGUGCCAAUCCGGCUCUCGAUUAUCAAAGCUCGCCUCGGUUCUUCGGUGAUGGAGAAUCUCUUAGACCUCGCCAUGGAAACUUACAUCAAAGAACACCCGGAAGAAUACAGGUUCUGCCCUACCUCGGAUUGUGCGCAUAUUUACGUCCCGGGACCCGGAAAUUCCGUGCAUCAGUGCAAAGGCUGCCUUACGGAGAUUUGUACGUCAUGCCACGUCGAGGCUCACGCAGGCCUCACUUGCGCGGAGCGUCAGGAACUGUGCGACCCAAUCGAACGAGUCUUCACCCGAUGGAAAGCGGAGAAUGAUGUGCGACCGUGCUCACGAUGCCGGGUCCCUAUCCAGAAAAAGGGGGGCUGUAACCAUAUGACUUGUUCGAUCUGCAAAGCGGACGUCUGCUGGGUCUGUAUGGGUCUUUUUGAUGCCGAUACCAUUUAUCCCCACUUGGAAAAGGUCCAUGGGAAAGUCUAG